CCUCCUAUAAAUGAUCUUUGUGUAAACAUAGUUCGUCAGUUUUAAUUCAUAACUAAAGUAGUGUAUUUAUGAGUAAAUUAUUAUUUUGGUGAGGUAUAAAUGUGUUACGGUAGAGUAAAGGUGGUCGUUUUAAAUUACAUAAAAAUAGGCGUGAACGAAAAAGUACAAUGUUUUUUUUUUUUUUUUUAGUUCAGCAUUUUAGAGAUAGUCGACGCCAGUUGGUACCUCUAUAAUCAGUAUUUUGUCUUUUUCUUUUUUUUUAUUAUUCAUAUUUGUUUUGAAGGGCUAACCGGAAGCGUGUUUGCAUUCAUGCUAGCCUGCUGGCGUGGUGUGUGUGCAGAAGCGGAAAGCGGACGGGAGAGCAAAAGAGGAGAGCAGAGUGGUUGGUGGGGGAGUAAAAAAAAAAGGCUCUAGUGAAACGCUGUAAAAGCCCAGAGGGACCAGCCCGAACCAGGCAAGAACCGGCAAGAGUUAUUUUUCGUCCUCUCCCCCCCCCCCUACAUGUCCCUCGCUGUGUUUGCCUUUUUGAUGCCGUCCUCACGGAGUUUUGGGCCAGUAACGGACUUCGUAUUACUGGUGGGCUGAACCAUGCAGAGGCUGCUGCUGCUCCUCACUUUGCUGCUGACUUUGCAAACCGUGUGGACCGCCAGGUUCUCCCAGGAACCGGCAGACCAGUCGGUGGUGAGGGGCCAGAGGGUGAUCCUGUCCUGUGUGGUCUUCAACUACUCGGGCAUUGUUCAGUGGACCAAAGAUGGCCUGGCGCUGGGCAUAGGCGAGGACCUACGGGCUUGGCCCAGGUACCGAGUGCUGCGGGUCCAGGAGCUGGGCCAAUACAACCUGGAGAUCCUGUCAGCUGACCUGUCUGAUGACUCCUUGUACGAGUGCCAGGCCCCCGAUGCCGCCCUAAGAUCCAGGAGGGCCAAGCUCACCGUCCUCAUCCCCCCAGACGACCCGGUUAUCGACGGCGGUCCGGAGGUUCUCCUCAACGCUGGGGAAUCCUACAACCUCAGCUGUGUGUCUCGAGGCGCUAAGCCGCCUUCCAUGAUCGAGUGGCUUAAAGACGGCCUACCUGUAGACGGGGCUGUCAGCGGCACCGAGGUUCUUCCAGACCGCAAGCGAGUGACCACGCGCAGCUUCCUGCCCGUCCAUCCCAUCGACACGGACACGGGCAGGAACUACAGCUGCGUGGCCUCCAACCUGGCAGCCCCUGCGGGCAGGACCACAACAGUCACCCUCAACGUGCACCAUCCACCAACUGUGACCUUGUCCAUUGAGCCUCGCUCUGUCCUGGAGGGCGACAGGGUCACCUUCACCUGCCAGGCCCACGCUAACCCCCCUAUUAUGGGCUACAGGUGGGCAAAGGGUGGUGUGGUUCUCCAAGGUGCCAGAGAGAGCGUGUUCACCACCAAGGCCGACCACUCCUUCUUCACCGAGCCCGUCUCUUGCCUGGUGUUCAACGCCGUGGGAAAGACCAACGUCAGCAUCUUGGUGGAUGUUCAAUUCGGUCCUAUUCUCUUGGUGGAGCCUCAGCCCAAAACGGUGGACGUGGACUCGGACGUCACCCUCAACUGCAAAUGGGCCGGAAACCCCCCACUCACACUCACGUGGUUCAAGAAAGGUUCUAACAGGGUCCUCAGUAACAGCAACCAGCUGUACCUGAAGUCCGUGAGCCAGGCCGACGCCGGCCAGUACGUGUGCAAGGCCAUUGUGCCGCGAAUUGGAGUUGGAGAGACAGAGGUCACGCUCACUGUCAACGGUCCUCCCAUCAUCUCCAGCGACCCCAUCCAGUAUGCGGUGCGAGGGGAACGAGGCGAGGUGAAAUGCUUCAUAGCGAGCACGCCUCCUCCUGAUAAGAUUGUGUGGGCGUGGAAAGAGAACGUGUGGGAGGAGGAGAAGGGAACGCUGCUGGAGCGCUACACGGUGGAGCAGAGCAGGUCGUCAGCAGAGGGCGGCGGCGUCCUCUCCACGCUGACCAUCAACAACGUGAUGGAGUCUGACUUCCUGACCUCAUACAACUGCACGGCCUCCAACUUCUUCGGGGCCGGCACCAUGAUUAUCACGCUGGAAGAGGCCGAUGAAUUUCCAGUAGGGAUAAUCGCCGGCUGGACGGUGGGAGCCACCAUCUUCUUGUUCAUCCUCCUCCUGUUCCUCGUUCUCAUCUUCUACCUGCAGCGCAAAGGCAGCCGUAGAGGGGUCACGCUGGGCAAACCGGACAUUAAAGUGGAAACCAUCAACAAGGAGAGCCACAGUUUGGAAGAGGACUCGGGCAGCGUAUCCACAGCCUCACGUAUGGUCAAGGCCAUGUACUCGUUUCUCCCCUCUGUGUCCUUUUCUCCGUCCAACCAGCCCUUUAAGGAUGACAUAGAGCUCAAGUCGGACCUCCGCAGCGACACCUUGGAAACCCGCCAGGAGUACGACCUCAAGGAUCCCACUAACGGCUACUACAACGUACGAGCAUCUACACUCGACGAAGGACGCCCGGCGUCCCGCUCUACCAUGCACUACUCCGACUACCGCUCUCCCACCGGGACACCAGGCGGGGCCGCAUCCAUCAGCAGCAGCGCAGCCGGCUCGGGGGCCACGGCCAGCGGCGGAGCCCCCGUUCCACCCGGCCCCCUCACCUCCCCGGGCCGCCCCCAGGCCUGCUACGACCCCCGCCCCCCUUCCAGACUGUCCCACAUCAGCUAUGCCCAGUUCAACACCUUCACCCGCGGAGGUCAGAGUCAGCAACCUCCGAGCAACCCAGCCCCGGCUGGGGGAGACUUCCCGGGGGACUGCAGCCUGCUGGACUCCACCAACCAGCUGGCCUACGACAACUACGGAUACCCCUCUCAUUACCAGACCUACCGUAUGGGGUUCGCCCCGUCCAGCCUGGCCCCGCUCGAGGCCGGUCCCUCAUAUGAAAUGUACGGGGUGGGUUCUGGGGUUGCAGUUCCUCCGGUUGGGGUGGGCCCCGGGGGUGCCACACCCUCAAGCUCAGACACGGGACUCGGGAAGUACGGCAGCUCCACUCGCUUCUCCUACACGUCACAACACUCCGACUACUCCCACAGCCGACACACGCAGAGGAUGCAGACUCACGUGUGAGACGGACAUGUCAUGCCUAGCAUGACCAGAGUACUGGCGAUAGCGUUGCAGCUAAAAACACACACAGACACACACAUAUUUACAUGCACACACUUACACGCCCCAGUGAACACAAAUAAGGCACAUGCACACUCGUGGAGGAGCGUGCCCUAGAGACAAGGGGGGAGGGGGAUUUCCGUAGGAGAAAAUGGAGACUUAGUAGAGACAAAAGUGUGGGAGACGCCACACCGGCUGUUUUUAAAACGGGAGCUCUAAGAGAGCAGACAGCGCAAGUCACAAUCAAGACAAAGAAGAGGACGACAACGCGAUCGCAGAGUCUUGACGAAGAGCGUUUCCGCCAAGCAGCACAGUGGGGUUCACUUGUCGAAGUCAAGAAAGGUACCUAAAUAACAGGCUGGUAACGCGGCACUUUCUGUUAUCUGACAUCAGUAGUCCAGCUCGUAAAGGGGCGGGGCUUGAAACUCUGCAGUUUUCUAAUUGGCAGACACAGAGUAAUCACUUGGAUGGGAUUUGAAGAUGACAAAAACAAAGCUGCCAAGAAGGAAGAACACCAAAUGCUGGAUGUCCUUCUUUGCUACGGUGCCAAACUGAUGAGUACUAACUUGGUGGAAAUAUGGCUGUCAAGGCUGAAUAUGGUACACACUUAUCAGCCAGUGGAUAUCAUGUCAUUUUUUCAGCCCAUUCAAAUUAUUUCCAUCAUGCUUUUAUAGCCAAUAUUUAGCCAAGGGAAAGUGAUAAGUGACUGGUUGUAAUCAUUUUGCACGUCAUCAUCAUCAUCAGUAUUCACGCUUUCUUUUCUCCUCCUGUCGUCUUUUUUAUUUGCACACCCGAUGAGAGCUUUGUAUUCUAUUUUUUAACAUUACAGAAUUAUUUUUGUCAAUGUAAAACAUGUAAUGAUGCGUAUGUUACGGACCAAAAGUUUGGAGGAGUUGUGCCAUCAAAAAGGGUAUAUCAGUGUAUAAAAGAAAACCUAGUGCCAAGUGUUCAUAUUGUUCUUCACGGUAGACCAUGUACAGUAUAUGCAGUAGGAGCUCUUUCUAUCAGCGACUGUUGCUUUACAAACCAGGUGAGAAACCUUGGGUCAGACUUUUUCCUCGGCUUGGGCCUUUUCUUUUUUUGCCCUGAGCUCUAAAAUGAAAGACUGGUACGGAUUGCAAGAACAACGUGGAUGUUGGGUUUAGAACUGAGUGGCCUUAUCAGGAAAACAUAAUAUUUCCUCAUCGUCUGCCUGCCAAAAUGGCCCGAAGAGAAUGUGUAUGGAGAGGUUCCAUGAAGGCUGUCUACAAUAUUGACAUGUAGUAAUGAGUGUGUGUUUGUGUGAGUGUGUGGGCAUUGGCACGCACAUCAAUUUGUACAGUGUGUUUGUAUAGACGUGUGAAUGGAUACGUGCAUACUCCAAAUGUCUGACUCAUGUGCGCGUGGGACUGUUGUGUGCAUGUCAAUGUGUAUACAAUACAUGUGUGUGUGCGACUGUGUGUACGUGCGAUUGUGUGUGUGUGUGCGAGUGUGUGUUCCUAUAUAUGUCUAUCAUUUCUCUCACAAUCCAGUACUUUUAUACCUCUGGUAGGACUGUAUCCUGUAUUAUUGUGUCUUUGAAUAUAGACCCCAAUGUUUAUGUUAUUGUACUGUUCAGUAGCAGGAAAAAAACUGUUUAAAAUAUGUACAAAAAAGCCCAUUAUCAACUCAUUUUUUUAUUUCAUUAUCUUCAAUAUUUUUAAAAAUGGUAUGUAAUUAUUUUUCCACAGUAUUACAUGAAUAAAAGCACUGUUUUUUAU